AUGGAACAUAUUAUUAAUGUCAUGGUAAUACACUCUCAUUCUGGUGGUUAUAGAACUUGGGAUUAUAUUUCUCAACAUUGGAAAGAAUUUGGUAAUAUUCAAAUAAAUAUGUCUUUCAAAAAUGAAAAUCCAGAUAUUCUUGUUUUUGGAGACUGUGCUGGUGCUCCUUAUCAAUUUAAACUAGAAGAAUUGGAUAGUAUUGAAAGUUAUUUAAAUGAAAAUUGUAAUAAGCAUUUGUUAGGAACGUAUGCAGUCUUUUAUCAUAAAGAAGGACCACAAGGGAGAGUUCAUGAAUACGAUAAUCGUGGCUUAUGUAAAUAUUUUGGAAUUAUUCCAGAAAUACAACUAGUAACAUCUAAGAUGCCUCAUGACCCAACGUAUCUCAUUAAUUAUCAAAAUCCAUUGUUAUGGAAAAACAUCAUGCAGCCAUACACAAGUAAAGGAUAUUCAAGUUCACAAGUCCCAAAAAAUGGAGUGUGGAUAGAAAAUGACCAAGUCAAAGGUCUGAAAAGUGAUGUGAAAAUAUUAGCAGAGACACUUGAUGGAAAAUGUAUCAUUACAAAUAAAGUAACAACUAAAUAUACUUCAUUGUAUAUUAGCCAUAUGCCAGAGUAUGAGUCUAUGAUAGGAAAUAAAGUUGAUGGACAAAUGUUGUACAAUUGUCUAGUUUAUUUAAUGAGUCAAAACGUAGAGACUCCAUUAGUAAAUUUGUGUAUGAAAACUUUAAAAUAUUGUAAAAGCAAAGAAGAAGAAAUUCCACUUCCUUUAGUUAAGUUAUUAAGACAGUUUCAAUGCGUAAUUGAACCAUAA